AUGUUCAGAUAGGGACCAUAAAAAUAUUAGCAGUUUCAAGAUGAACAGAGAGUGGUAUCGAACAAGCAAGAAUUCCCUCAAGAAGUGUAGGCUGGCGUUCUUGGAGGCAAGGAGGGCAGUUUGGAUUUUCCUUCUGACUAGAUUCCUCCUGAUUUUAAUUUGGCUGAACUGCACAGAGAAGCGUGGAAUGUGGGAACAACGACGUUAUCAAAGAGUUAAUUGAGAAGUCUGAGAUUGCAUUAGAAUGCUCCAAAUGUUUCAGAAGAAGAAAAAUUGGUGGGACAGAUAUGCAAAUGCUGUGCUCGUUAAGUGCCAAAAGACAGAGUGAAAAUAGAUUGCAAUAACUAGGAUUACUCGUUUCUGGGAGCAGGUAUGCCUCUGUAUUUCGAAUACAUAAAGGCAUGUAUUUUAAUGUUGAUUGUGAUGUUUGUAACCUCAGGAGAUUACAACAUUAUCACCAACAUUGCCUUCGGUUAAUCAUGUUAAACUUUGGAUAAGAGCAUUGGAAUUGAGAUCGACGAGAAAGCAGUUUGCAUAUUCAAUUGGGUGACAGGGUUGUCCUUGGCUAACAAAAGGGAAGACUAAGAAUUUAUCGACUUGCAAUAAAUGCUCAAUUUGAUAUCCAUGUUGACACUCAUCAUCUUGUUUCAAUAUUUCAGGAAAGAACAAAGAGCCUUCGACACUGAAAUUGAUUCCAGCACUUACUAUGCAUCCGAUUAUACAAUUCUGUUGAAGAACAUUCCCACUCACACUGAGGGGUUGAAAAACGAUGACUUCGAUCAAGAUCUUAAGGACUACCUCGAAGUCUACAUUGAAAGAACCUAUGAAAAGCCAAGUGAAGUACUGGAUUAUGAGGAAGAACUCCGAUAAUUUUUAUAAAGAAAUAAUAGACCAGAAAAGAAACUAUCAAGAGUGGUGGCAGUUAACUUGUGUUACAACAUCGAAGAACAAACAAUAUUAGAGUAGGAAAAGCAAAGCAAGAUCGCUCAAAAGUAAAAGUUGUUACCUGAAUUGUAUGAUCAAGGUCUGUUGCCAGGCAGUGAGGACAUAAACAAGGAUGAAUAGAUUAAAGAAAUAGAUGCUCAAAUAACUGAGAUUGAGUCAAAGUUGGAAGCCUUGGAGAAACGAUUUGUUGAAGGAAAAGAUGUUAAAUAAUAUUUCUUGGGAUAAGCAUUUGUUACCUUCAGAUGGGAGAGUGAUGUCUAAUGGAUGUUGAUUGAUCAUAGAUUGUCCUUAUGUUCCAGAAUUCUAGGCAGAAAGAGCAACUUAAUCUACAGAGGUUCAUAAUUGCAAGUGGAAUAACCUCCAGAACCAACAGAUGUCUUUUGGGAAAAUUUGCAUAUCCAAACAUAUUAGAAGAUAUGGAGAAGAAUCCUAGGAUAUUUCCUUACCUUCAUCAUCCUGGGAGUCUGUGGUGGAUUGAUCUAUUGGUUAUCUGCUGUUCAAGCUCAGAGUGCUGAUGAGUAGGCAAAAGCAGUGAAGAAUGGAGAUUUAAAUCCUAAUUAUAAAGUUAAAGUGAUAGCAUAAUUGGCAUCCAUUUCAAUCAUUGUUAUUAAUUACAUCCUCAGUGUUGUGAUAAGGAAGGUCUCCCUUUUUGAAAGAUUCUCAACUCAAACAGGAUUCAACAUCAGUCUAGCUAGUAAAUCUAGUCUUGCCUAAUUUGUUAACACUGCAGUUAUCACAUUUGCCAUCAGCACUUGGGUCACUAAAAAUAUAUAUGGCACAGGAGGAUUGGUUUACAAUUAGACUUAUGUGUUCUUAUCUAAUGCGAUCUUACCAGCUUUAAUUCAACUGAUUGAUUCAUCCAGCAUUUUGAAGUGGCUCUACUAAUUUUUUGAAUUACGAAAGGGCAAGUCUUCAGUCAAAACAUAAAAGCAACUCCAUGAUUUAUUCGAGAGACCAGUCUUUGAUAUAUCUACAUCCUAUGCAACAGUCUUGAAGAACAUGUACGUUGUCGCAUUCUAUGCCUCUGUCAUUCCUAUUGGUUUAGUAAUCACAUGUUUUGCUUUACUCUUUUUUUAUUGGGUUGAAAAAUACAAUAUUGCCAGAAGAAGAACAAUUAAGUACAAUUAUUCUUCAGUUCUCUCAAGGGAAAUGAUCGAAUAAUUAGAAUAUGUCCUGCCAAUUUAUUGCUUAACAAAUCUGUGGUGGGAAUAUACCUUCUUGUAAUCAAUCUCAACAGAGGCUAUCAUCGGUGUGUGCUUUGGAAUUGCCAAUGCCCUUCUGCCAAUGCAUGAAAUCAAUAAGUUAUUGUUCCGCAUGAAGGCUAAACCCAAUGAGCAUCUACCCAUCAAUGAGGCUGAAGUCGGGUUCUUGACUGAUUAUUGUAGAGAGAAUCCUGCCACUGCUGAAACUGAGAGGGCCAGAUAUUAGGAAAGAGUAACUAGACAUCAGAAGGAUAGAAUUGCUAUGGAGUAAAUGUUUGAAUAAUGA